AUGAGAAACUGCCAAGUGGCAAAAUGGAUUGAUUCCAAAGCGAUCUUUGCAGACGACGGGCUGGAUCCAAACCACACCCACAAUCAUGAGGCUCAAAACGCUCUCGAUGCCAGCAGCACCAAAAAAUGGUGCACCAAUGCUCACGUGGACCAUGAUGUUGAUCUUGUUGCCGAUCUUGGCAUGCCCCAUUUGGUGGUGGCUUUCAAGGUCGACAAUGUGGGUUCCUACUACGAGCGGGUUGCCACAAGGUCCAAUGCUCCGGUGGCAGAGGCACUCGCAUUUGCCUCUUGGGGCAUGCCUGACCUCGAAGUGGGAAGGUGGUACAAUGGUUUUGCGAGCAGCGAUUGCACAUCAUCCCAAGUUGGAGGUGGUGACCAACGAGGAAAAAUGAGUUGCAUGCCAGCGUCCACAAAGCCUCUAGCAUGCUUUCUGCGAACUCACGACGAAGUCAUGGUAGAAAGGUGCAAUAGGCCGACAGUGGCCAGGUUUGCGCACUUCAAACUGUUGAGGUCCUCUUCGGUUGGUUCCACCAGGCCGGGGAACGAACCAAGAAACAUGGAGGUUGUGAAUCUUCACACUUUUGGCAUUCCACUACCACGGUUGGCGGGUUUGCUCCGCCUGGACCGUGAGCCUCAAGUGAAAGAAACAUCCUGGAAGCGGCUGCAUCCCGUCCGGGAAGAGUACGAAGAUUGGAGUCCCAUUGACUGGACAACCCUAGCGUCUCUGCCAACACCACCAAUAGAAGACGAUUGGGCCGACUGGUUCAGGACGAAUAACCCCGCCUACUCGGACAAUUAUGACGGACCCUAUCCCCUACCUCUCUCGUAUCCUUUGCCCCACGUGUACUUUUUUGCAUAA